GUCAUACUGCGAUUUGGGUUAAGCAAGGUAGUUAGCAAAACAGUAACAGUAAGAGUGUAUAUGGUCGUUUAUUCGAAAAUGAAUAUAGUUAGCAGUGUAGAAAGUAAUAACAAAGAUGAUAAAAUUGAAACGAUUCUUAAUAUGCUAAGGAACCAAGUAGAUAAGUGUAGUACUGUAGAAGAGAAUAAGCCAUCGGAACCCGAAUUAACGACAGAUCAAAGGAUCCAACAACUGGUGAUGGAAGAGAAGCAACUGUCAACACAGUUCCAAAAGGUCAGAAAGGAACUAAGAUAUUAUGAGAGGAAGUAUGAAAAGAUGUUGAAGAAGAAAGUGAGACACAUGAAGAUACAGAUUAAAGAGGAUCUUAAGAAAUUAACAGAAAUAAAACAAAAAUACUUUGAACUAUACUCUCAGAUAGAUACAGAAUCCUCUAAAUUGGAGAAAGCGGAAGAGAAGAAGUCAGAGGACGCAAACAACUCUUUAAACGCAAAUACGCAGUCAUCUCAAUUUAAGCAAAACGAUAUACCGCUUAGUAGCAAGAUUAAAAUUAGCAUUAAGAAAAAUGAAAGCUCAUGCAGCAGUGAGAUACAUUUCGUUCACGAUAUUAAUGGGCAAAAUGCGUUUACGAAUCUAGUUGAAAUUGUAAAACCUAUGGCCUUGAACACUCGAGAAUGUAAAAUUAUCUUGCAAAAGUUAACAGAAGAGCAAAUUAGCAAGUAUAUGGAUCAAAAGAGGUUAGGUCAACCGCAAAUAGAAUACAAAGAAAUAGCGCAAGAUUGUUUACAAGAAAUGAAUAAAAGUAUCGUUUACCCAAAUUGGCACAUAAAAAUUCCAAGAUCCAUAUUUGAAGAAAGUCAGAAGGAAAGUAGAAAAUUCAUAUUUGAAGAAAGUCAGAAGGAAAGUAGAAAAUCCGUAUCUGAAGGAAGUCAGAAGGAAAAUAGAAAAUUAGUAUCUGAGGAAAGUCAGAAGGAAAGUAGAAAAUCCAUAUCCGAAGAAAAUCAGAAGGAAAGUAGAAAAUCCGAUUUGAGUGUAGCGUCUUGCUCAGGAGAAGUCAUCUAAUUAGAUUGAUACAACUGACUAUUAGUAGUAGUACUUAUGUUAUAUGUUAACCAGAAAAUGUUGUAUAUAUCAAUAUCUUCCCGAAUUUUUGUUAUUACACAACAAUACAGAUUAGUUGCAGAAAUGAUAAUAAGAAAAUAUAUUAAAAAGAUAUUGUGUAACAAAACUCUAAGCAAGUGUUGCCACAUUGAUCUUGCAUUAGUGAUGACUCCUAUGCAGUGUUUCACUCAAGGAUAAACCAAACAAAAGACACGGUCAAAAUAUGGUUACGAUAAUAAUUCAAAGAGAAAACAUGUGAAACAAUAUAAUAUUAAAAAAUAAAUUUCAUGAAUAUCAUAUUAUUCAUAAAAUAAAGUAAUCAAUGUUGUAUACUCAGUUUUAUCUAAAAAUUUGUUUAAAAUAAUUUGUUUUUUAUUUUAUUUCAUUAAUUUCAGCAGUGUUAGUACAAAGAUAUGAUAUUAAGUUCUUUUUUUAUAUUUAUUAAAAAAAACCUUAAGUAUCUUUUUAUCCAUUUACAUUUCAUUGAUAAUAAUAAUUUCAUCUUUUAUAUAAAAUUUUAAUUUUGUUAGAAAAUAUAUUUAUAAAUAUCAUAAUCUUUUCAUGCAUUCAUUUUAUUGGCUUCCAAAUUGUAAGAGAAUUAUAGAUUUAAUUGUUACAAGGUAAUAUUUUUAGUAGAAAGUAACCUUAAAAGUAAUACGUCAUUUGAAAUGUAAUGUAACAUUUUGAAUAAAACAUGACUAUAUAUAUAUAUAUAUAUAAAAUGGUACAUAAUUUACUAUGACGGUAUACACAAAUACAUAUGAAUAAAACAUGACUAUAUAUAUAUAUAUAUAAAUUAUGUACCAUUUUAUUGUCAACAUAUAAUUUUAACAAAUGGAGUUCAACCUUCUGGUGUGCUGUCUUUUUAAUAUGUAUAAAUGUGAAAUUAAAAAUGUUAAUAAUUAAAUAUUCAAAACAAAAGCACUUACUACACAUGUAAUUAUCGCAAUGUGAAGAACUUGAUAUCAGUAUUAUAAUAUAAAUAUGCAAGUUAAUAAAUAAGAUCAAUCUAGGAUGUUUUCCUUUAAUAAUAACAAUAAUAAUAAUUAUUAAAGUGCUUCUUCUAUGAAUAGUUAUAUUAUAUGAAUAGUUUUUAUGGUCUAAAAUGUCAAUUAAUAUAUAAAUAACGAUAUCUUGGUCUAACAAGUUUAUUAUGUAGAAUGUUGCUAUAAAAGGUAUAUAUACAUAUUCAUAUGCAUAUACAUAUAAAAUAUACUUUGUAUUAUCAUAAAAUAGUUGUAAAAGUAGAAUAAUAUUUAUAAAUUAUCAUAGAAAAGUACUUUAUAUUUUUAUUGUAAGAUAAUAAUAUCUUAAUUUGUGAAAAACACAUGUAACAAUAAUUUAUAAUAAUAACAUACUCAUGUAAUUCUUAAA